AUGGCGGCUGGAGGCUACCACUGCCAGUUUCGGAUCGCGCUGCUGGGGGACGCAGCCGUCGGCAAGACAUCGCUGCUGAGGCGCUACGUGGCAGGCGCGCCGGGGUCCUGCGAGCCGGAGCCAGAGCCGGACACGGCGCCUACGGUGGGCGUCGAGUUCUACAGCCGCGCGCUGCAGCUACGGACCGGGCCGCGUGUUAAGCUGCAACUCUGGGACACGGCGGGCCAGGAGCGCUUCAGGUGCAUUACCAGAUCCUUUUACCGAAACAUGGUGGGUGUCCUGCUGGUCUUUGACAUGACAAACAGAAAGUCCUUCGAACACAUUCCAGACUGGUAUCAGGAGGUCAUGGCCACCCAAGGCCCUGACAAGGCAGUUUUCUUGCUAGUUGGCCACAAGAGUGACCUGCAGAGCAUCCGUUGUGUCUCAGCUCAGGAGGCAGAGGAGCUGGCCACUUCCCUAGGCAUGUCCUUUGUGGAGACCUCAGCCAGAAACAACAGCAAUGUGGACCUGGCCUUUGACACCCUCGCCGACGCCAUCCAGCAAGCUCUGCAGCAGGGGGACAUCAAACUGGAGGAAGACUGGGGGGGUGUUCGCUUAAUUUACAAGACCCAGAGCCCUGGAGCCCCCAGCAGGAAGCAGCACCCGGGCUCAUGCCAAUGUUGA